AUGGCGGUUUCAACUCUCGACAUGGGCUCGGAUGUGUGCACAGACUUGUUGACCUUCACCUUUGGAGGUCCCAAGCCCUAUAACACCAAUCAGCCAUUGUUUAUCGACGCCGAGGAUCCCUCUCGGUCCUUCACAGCAGCCCAGUUUCAACAGCUGGUCCGGACCCUGAUUGCAGGGUUAAAAGCACAUAAUGUACGGCCUGGCGAUUGUGUGUUGCUGCAUCUGGGCAACAGUAUUUUAUAUCCCGCCUUAUUCUUCGGCAUUAUAGGCGCAGGCGGUGUCUACAUGGGCUCUAAUCCCCGCAGCCAACCCCAAGAACUCGAGCAUAUCCUCACCCUCGCCGAACCCAAAUUGAUCCUCACAACACGCGAUGCUCUGUCAUCCGUACUCGACGUCUCGGCUGGUCGGGGCAUUCACCCUGGCCAGGUGUGUCUGGUCGAUGAGUUUGCCGUGGACCACUGUGCACAACUGUUCCUCUGGCAGGAACUGGGGUAUUCCCGGUACUUUUCAUUGAACGGGGCAGACGCCCGUCACUCCAACUUUGCCAAUCUCCUCUGCUAUGGAGAAAGCGACUGGCAGAGGUUUAACGACCCAGUGAUGGCACGAACCACGCCUGCAGCCAUGUUCUCGACAAGCGGCACAGGCGGCCUACCCAAAGCUGCCAUUCUGUCCCACCAUGCCAUCGUCUCACAGCAUCGGUCGAUUUACUACGACGUGCCACACCCCGUCAGCCGCUUGAUGUCGCUUCCCAUGUUCCACCUGUUUGGCGCCCUGUGGACGCACCUCUUCCCUGUCCGCUAUGGCCACCCACUGUUUGUGUUACCACGCUUUGAAGUGCAAGAGUUCCUGACCACCGUGCAUCGCUAUCAAAUCUCCGAGACGUACCUGGUCCCGGCUAUCAUCCACUCUCUCAAUCAAUCCCCCUUGCGCAUUGCAGACUACCUCUCCUCCAUUCGCUAUAUUGGCGUUGCAGGCGCACCUAUUGAUGCAGCCUCUAUGCAGCAGUUCCGCAGCCACCUGAACCCCAUGGCCUAUGCUUGUCAGAUUUGGGGAAUGACCGAAGUUGGCGUCACCUUCCAGACUCGAUAUGGCCAGUCUGGCGACCCGGGCAGUAUCGGCACUCUGACCCCUGGGUAUGAGAUCCGCUUAGUGGACCAAGAGGGCAAGCUUUUGCCAGGCGAUGGCCAGCCCGGUGAGCUGUACGUUCGUGGGCCUAGCCUGCUCACUGCAUACAAGGGCCGUACCGAUGCCUUGGAGCCUCAUGGUUGGUUCCGCACUGGUGACAUCGCCUACUCCAAACAGGGCCAGUACUACAUUGUAGGCCGAACCAAAGAGCUGAUCAAAGUGCGAGGAUGGCAAGUCGCACCAGCCGAACUCGAAGCAGUCCUUCUUCAACACCCUGGCAUCACUGAUGCAGCUGUGAUCGGAGUGAAUAAGGAUGGCAUGGGCGAAGUCCCACGAGCAUUUGUGGUUCGUUCUCGCGACCCGACUGUCAGCCGUCUCACCGGCGAAGAAGUUUACAAUCAUGCACGUCACCACCUCGCCCGAUACAAGGCCCUUGACGGUGGUGUUAUCUUUGUUGAGGAGAUCCCGCGUACGGCCAGCGGCAAGAUCCAGCGGUUCAAGCUCUCUCAGAUGAACUCCUACCGGGAAAUGGUUGCAUCGCUGUUAUCCCGAUUCGAGGGCGAGGGCGCUCGGCUACCCCGCGUUGGCGCCGAGAUGCUGCCUGUCGGUGUGGCCCCGGAAGGCCAAGUCGCGGUCUAA